AAUGGGGAACAAUGCGAGUGAGCAACUUGAGGAAGUCAUUGUGAAAGAAAGCUGGGAAUUGCUCCGCGGCCAACUUAGCAGGGCACUCUAACAAGUGCCUGUGCGGCCGCGCCCGGGCCGGCGACAGCAGCAGCCCGGCGCGGUGCAGCCCAUCCCGGGACGCUAGACCGCGGCAGGCGGAGACCCGGUAGGUCCCGCGGGGUGCAGGAGUCCCCAGAUCCCCGGCUGCUCUUCGCGCCCCAGGAUCAUUCUUGGCCCCCAAAGCGCGGCGCACAAAUCCACAUAAUCUGAAGACAAUGGAUGUCGAUGAGGGUCAAGACAUGUCCCAAGUUUCAGGAAAGGAGAGCCCUCCAGUCAGUGACACUCCGGAUGAAGGGGAUGAACCCAUGCCUGUCCCCGAGGACCUGUCCACCUCUGGAGCACAGCAGAACUCCAAGAGUGAUCGAGGCAUGGCCAGUAAUGUUAAAGUAGAGACUCAGAGUGAUGAAGAGAAUGGGCGUGCCUGUGAAAUGAAUGGGGAAUGUGCAGAGGAUUUACGAAUGCUUGAUGCCUCAGGAGAGAAAAUGAAUGGCUCCCACAGGGACCAAGGCAGCACGGCUUUGUCAGGAGUUGGAGGCAUUCGACUUCCUAACGGAAAACUAAAGUGUGAUAUCUGUGGGAUCGUUUGCAUCGGGCCCAAUGUGCUCAUGGUUCACAAAAGAAGUCAUACUGGUGAACGGCCUUUCCAGUGCAACCAGUGUGGGGCCUCCUUUACCCAGAAAGGCAACCUACUGCGGCACAUCAAGCUGCACUCGGGCGAGAAGCCCUUCAAAUGCCAUCUCUGCAACUAUGCCUGCCGCCGGAGGGACGCCCUCACCGGCCACCUGAGGACGCACUCCGUUGGUAAGCCUCACAAAUGUGGAUAUUGUGGCCGGAGCUAUAAACAGCGAAGCUCUUUAGAGGAACAUAAAGAGCGAUGCCACAACUACUUGGAAAGCAUGGGCCUCCCGGGCAUGUACCCAGUCAUUAAGGAAGAAACUAACCACAGCGAGAUGGCAGAGGACCUGUGCAAGAUAGGAGCAGAGAGGUCCCUUGUUCUGGACAGGCUGGCCAGCAACGUCGCCAAACGUAAGAGCUCUAUGCCUCAGAAAUUUCUUGGAGACAAGUGCCUGUCAGACAUGCCCUACGACAGUGCCAACUAUGAGAAGGAUGAGAUGAUGACAUCCCACGUGAUGGACCAGGCCAUCAACAAUGCCAUCAACUACCUGGGGGCUGAGUCCCUGCGCCCGUUGGUGCAGACACCCCCUGGUAGCUCCGAGGUGGUGCCGGUCAUCAGUUCCAUGUACCAGCUGCACAAGCCCCCCUCAGACGGCCCACCACGGUCCAACCACUCAGCACAGGACAGCGCCGUGGAGAACUUGCUGCUGCUGUCCAAGGCCAAGUCCGUGUCAUCAGAGCGGGAGGCCUCCCCCAGCAACAGCUGCCAAGACUCCACGGAUACAGAGAGCAACGCGGAGGAACAGCGCAGCGGUCUCAUCUACCUAACCAACCACAUCACCCCGCAUGCGCGCAACGGGCUGGCUCUCAAGGAGGAGCAGCGCGCCUACGAGGUGCUGAGGGCAGCCUCAGAGAACUCGCAGGACGCCUUCCGUGUGGUCAGCACGAGUGGUGAGCAGCUGAAGGUGUACAAGUGCGAACACUGCCGUGUGCUCUUCCUGGAUCAUGUCAUGUACACCAUCCACAUGGGCUGCCAUGGCUUCCGGGAUCCCUUUGAGUGUAACAUGUGUGGUUAUCACAGCCAGGACAGGUACGAGUUCUCUUCCCACAUCACGCGGGGGGAGCAUCGCUACCACCUGAGCUAAACCCAGCCAGGCCCCACUGAAGCACAAAGAUAGCUGGGCAUGCCUCCUUCCCAGCAGCUGGACCCACGGCGGACAAUGUUGGGAGUGGAUUUGCAGGCAGCAUUUGUUCUUUUACGUUGGUUGUUUGAGAUUUGAUUUGCGUUUAGAAGACAAGUUUUUAAUGUUAGAGACAGGAUUCCAUUGCAUCAGUAACGUUCAGAACACCCAUCCUUCUAGACGGUUUUGUUGACUACUAGCUGAGAUUUCCCUGAUAUGUGGCUUCCUAAUGCUCUCCCUACCCGCCCCACCCCCAAAACAGAGCCCAAAUCUUCAGAGAAAUUAAUUAAACAAUUACCCAAGUAGGAGCAAGGUGGAUUUUGCCCUAAGCAGAGUUUAUACCACAAAGAUUCUCCAAGUCCUCCAAAACA